GCGGGCCGGACUGCGUCUCUUCUCACCCGACCAUCAUCCGACUUGAAUUUAUGUGGGAUGUGGGAUGUGAUAAAAUUCGCCGUUAUUGGUGGGAUUUGAUCUAGCCACUUCACAAAUGCUCACAGAAAUUCACAGAGCCUUCACAUCCUUAAAACCGUACUCCAGAACAGACACGAACAGACACACCACCAUUGAUCUGGUGCCAUCGAAAACCAUUCCAUGGUGCUGCAAUUCCCGCCAUGAUGCUCGUUUUAAGUUACAAUUUUGCUACCAAACUCGUAUAACAAUGGCUACACACAAUGGUGCACGCUACGGAGAUGAAUCCGGCAGUUUGAUGCUUUGGCCCUCGGGCCAUCUCCAUUUCCUAGAACAUGCAUCUAAAGCCCAGAUUAUCUAUAAGGCCACAAUCACUAUCGGAUAUGGAUAUUGAUGGGGUGGUUGCCAGCCCGUCUCUUCGAGGGUAUAAGUAGAAGUUCCUCUCAUUCGCUUGACCCUUUAGAACCGGCUUCUCCCUCCAACGCAAACAAAAGAAGCUUGGUCUUUCCGCUGUUCUCUUCUCUCUUAUGGUUUCCGAAAUGAGUUUUCCCACCGUGUUCUGCGACAUGGACAACUUGAUUCGUAUGCAGGAAUUGACCCAGGAAUACGAAGACGACGAAACCAGCUCGUUCAUAUUCCACGCUCCCCGUUCCAUCAACCAAGAGGACGGAGAACAAGAAACUCUCCCCAGAAUCGUUACGCCUGCGCAAGAGAUAGUGAACCGAUACAGAGCUGGCAUACGAUGCAACACCGAGGAAAUUUCUUCUAGUCCAUCCUCCCCUUCGUCAAGCUUGCGAUCCUCCACUUCCAGUGAAACCACAGCAUGUACCGAGGACGAUGAAGAGGAACCUAGAACUCCGGAAUCCAAUUGCGGACUCACGGUACCGAAGAUUAGAUUCCGCCAGUCUCGUUUUGACGCCCUUAAUGAAAUGCGUGUUGAAGCCGUAAAGGAAAUGAAGAAAUCAGGCGUUAGCGAAGACCAUCCUCUUGUUUGCCCCCGUCCCGACUGUCGGGACACACUUUCUAAUCUUCAUGCCUUGACGUUGCACCUCCAUCUUCACGAUAUUGACUGCAAAAAGUCCUACGAAUGCGAUAAAUGCAGUGCCACUUUCAAGACUCGUCGCCGGCGUAGGGCUCAUUCAUGUGGCACGGUGGGCUCUAAGUCUGCUCCUACAAGCCCUCUUUACGCAACCUUUGGAACUAUCCUCUCGAAGAUCACCUCAUUAAACUAGUAUUGAUCUCCGGGUCAUACCGUACCUACGUAGGUGUGGUCUUUAAUACUGCAAGCUCUCUUCCCCUCUUUCUUACCCUACAUUCCCUUCCUCUUGUACAAUCUUAUAUUUUAUCCAACAUCUAUUCUUUCAUUCGUACAUCUCCAUCUACCAGCACUUGUAUUGUAGCCAGAAUAUUCAUGAUACCAUUCCUAGAAUCAGUGCAUACCAUUGUCGUUCUUGUUGGCGUUUCGUGCAUGCUCUCGGACCUGUCCUCGUAGUUUCAAUCAAGUUUCGAUGCACUCGGAAUGGGUCAGCUUCGAUAACUAGGAAGUGC